UGUCGGUUGCCACAGUGUUGGAGUGUCGCGACAUGUGCAAGUAGUGCAGUGGUUGCUAGACCUAGAGCCUAAAAAUGUCAGCUUCAAGGCACAACGAACAAGUAGCGAAGUACCUUGCCUCGCAUAAGAGUGGCAACCGUGUCAGAAGAAAUCACGCCAGCGACGGUUUUGGUCCCGACAUCACAGAUAAGAUGAGAACAGUUAAGUUGCAUGACAGUGACAGCCAUGUUCAGCAGAGACAGAAGACUGACACAUUGCAGAGGAGGUUGGAAGGCAGUGGACCUUCAAAAUCCAGAGGGGUAGAUGCAAAGAGUGCAAUCCGGCCUGGACGAAGAAGAGCAAGUAUUGAUGACUUACCCAAUGAAGUUUUGCUGAAAUUGUUUAGCUUUCUGCCAGCUAACAGCCUUGUGAUUUGUGACUUUGUCUGCAAGAGGUGGCAUCACUUGGCCAAUGACGAAUCACUUUGGGAGCGACAGUAUCGCUCAUAUGCAGCCACCAAGAGUGAGCUGGUGGGACCUCGGCUCCAGUUGGCUAAACCAUCUGAUCCUGGAUGCAACUGGAAGGUCAAGUGCAUCCAAAAGUGCAUAGAGAGACGCAAUGCAAGAAUCAAGACGCUGCUUAACAAGUGCAGUCCUUACACACACCUGCCAACCUAUACAGACAAAACAAUACAAAAACUGGGCAUUAGCUGGGAGCUGGUACUGAGAGAUGACAACAAGGAGAACCACUCCUUUGUUCAUUCUGACUGCUAUCACUUCCCAACCUCCUGUACAGUCAGGUGGUUCCACCUCCAGUUUCCACCAAUCAGGAGUCUGACAAACCUGUCAAUCAUUGCCAAAGCACCUGUCUUCUUCAAGAAGGAUGGCAGUGCGGCAGACAACAGCCCAUGUCAAAGGUCGCUACUCUUUCAACAGGACCUCAACUGGGGUAAACUGUCCAUUAGUCAUCUACCAGAUGCUCAUGAUGACCUUAUUGACCUCAGGGUCAUAGGUCAAUGUAUUCUUGUGGCUACUUGGAAGGAUGGAGGAGAGUUGGCGUUUAUUUCAGUUUGUCUGCACAACCAUGGUUUGGUACACAGAUGCACUCAAGGAUCUAUAAAUAGACUUUACAUACCACCAUCUUGCAAGCCCAAACCUGAUGACAUAGAUCCACAGUAUGGUCUGCAUGACUACACAUGCAUCGUGGAAUUACGCACCCAGCGCAGUGUGAUAUGGGGACAACAGUUUAAAAAUGUCCACUGUAGCAAGACACAAAAAGAGGAAAGAUUUGCCCGGUUGGUGCCCAUAAGGCCAGAUGUCAUCAGCGACCAUUCAUAUGCAUCAAAAAAGAUGCAGUUGCCAUGGAAAUCUGAUUUAUUCAAAGGCAUAGUACAGGAUUUCUGCAUCCUGGAUGUGACCAUGCAUGAUGAAUUUCUAAAGCCAUUUUGGUGCAUCAGUUGCCCAGUGACUGUUGAAAAGACGCAUGAUUCAGUAGUAAAUUACAACUAUGACGGUGACCCAUAUGUAAUUACUCACAGCGGAGACAAAGGCUCUGUAAACCUGUACUCAAUAUGGGAUCACAGCAAAGAGCAGUAUGUCAUCACUGGAGUCAUCUUGGAUGUAUCGCUGGACGCAAUCAAUGCCUGGUUCUCCACCAACUACUGACAAGUAGAGACUGACCAUUCUCAAGACCAAAGUCAACUCAGGCCAACCUGAUAGAAUAUGCAGACUUUUUUGUUUUGGCUGAGAAGGGGGAGUUUGGGUUGUGUCUGUGAGGUCACUCAACCUUCUUAAGACUAGGGCUCCAAUGCAAACGUGUCAGGAUAUUUCGUUUCCUAGCAACAGGUUACUGUGACAAACAUCAUUGGUUGACACGUUACACCUUGUACAAUUAGUGUACAUGAACCAAGGAAAGUGGGUAGACUGUUCCCAGUCCUUCAUUUUCAUUGUAAAGUUAAGUCACUAUGUAGGCAGGAACCAGGCAGUCAGCCCUUGCUUUCUGUUGUUUGCUGUUGAGG